UCUUCUUUUUUUAAUUUGAUUUUCAUAUGACUCAUUGGCCUGUGCACCCGUUAAAGUUUAGAAUCAGGGAAAUCAAGCAGACGACGAUCCUCUCUAUAGAUAUAUUAAAACGCUAAGACUCAUUUUCCCAAUUGCUUUCAAACCCAAACGAUUGCAGACUCUUCACCCAGUAACGUCAUGAAGGCUAACACUGAUCACGUGUUUGGUAGCCGCACUGACUGGAGAAAAAACAACGCGGGCGCGAGGUACUCCGCUGAAGAUAAAGAAAAAGAUGUUAGAGUAGCAAAAAUCUACAGAAGCAUCAGCAAGGUUCUAUAUUUUUUGUAAACUUUUUUGUUGUCGUUUUAAAUCAUUUUUUAUCUUCUCCCUUCUUUCUUUUAUUAGAGUUUACCUCUUCCCCCCUUUCUACCCUAACAAACUGAUAUUGUGAGCUUUCCGGCAUUCCUGGGCCUAAUCGAAGGGGGUGCUUUUUAAGUUAAUGCAGCAAUAGGACAAAAAUUGAAAGAACCGGUAAAGCACAUCAAGGAACUAUGCAAGUACAUGAAGAUAGAUAACACAGGAACAGAUUAGAAAUUGAUCUUCAGUGCUGAUUCCGCUGCAGUUAAAGCUAAAAAAGUUCUAAAUAAAGUGGCAACAUAAACAGGUUUUUCUUGUAUCCCUCAGUAUUAUUUGAGAAAGUGAGAGAGAAGGCGUUCCUUCGAGGGAGCCGCUUGCAUCACGGGGCGUUAAUUCUCGGAAAUGCGGUCUGUUACGGGUCGCGUGACCACUAGGGUAAUACCUUCAUCGUCCAUCUUUCCCGGAAAUCAUAUGAUUCCCAAAAUACUUUGUUCUCAGUCGCUUUGCCUAUCUGAAAAAGGUCUGCACCUAGGUUUCCUGCUUUGUUUUAGUAAAGAAGAUGUCUUCGCCACGAGAGCUCGAGGAAGCAUUCGACUUGCUGAAUGCGGAAGAUUUUGAGGCGGCCCGCAAGUGCGUUGAAGGCCUCCACGACGUUCUAAAGCGAAUGAAAGCGAAUACAGUUCACAAGGAAAGUAAAGCGUCCGAUGACGUAGCGAAGAAGUUUGAACAUGUUCACUUCUCUAAGAUACUGAAACUGAAUGUUGGAGGAUACCUUUUCUCGACAAGUUUGUCGACCAUGAAGAAAGAUCCAGGUUCCAUGUUACACGCCAUGUUUUCCGAAAGAUUUAACACCAAACCUGACGACGAUUGAACCUACUUCAUUGAUCGAGAUGGAACCCACUUCCGGUACAUCCUGAAUUAUCUGCGCACGGGGCAACUUGUCGUCCCUGACGAUGAGACUGUUCGUCUUGAGCUGCUGAUCGAGGCCAAGUUUUAUCAAGUUGAAGGAAUGAUAAAGGCACUGACGUCCCCCUUCGAGGGGUCUGAGAUCCUCUCAACUGACCAGGGCAAAACUUUGAUGAUGUGGUUGAAGAACACCCCAGGCCUGGGCAACGUCAGUGAUAAAUUGUUGUACCGUGCCUCUCGUGAUGGCUGGGCUGCCUCCAACUUUCACUCCUGCUGUGAUAACAAGGGACCAACGAUUACAGUGAUAAAGAGCGGAAAUUAUAUAAUUGGUGGAUAUUCUGAAGAACAGUGGAAUGGUAGGGUUGUAACAAAACCGUAUAGUCUCUGUCUUUAAGGCCGCGGCUCUAAGUUUCUGUAGAGUAAUUCUGGUUAGUUACUGAAUUAGAGGAACUGAGGCGAAGCUUGAAUUAAAAAAAAAUUCAUGUG